CCCGCCGCGGCUCUUCUCGCCGGGCUGCCGAGCGGGCAGCAGCAGCAGCAGCAGCAGCAGAAGGAGAGGAGGAGGAACAGCAAGAAGAAGAGCGCGGGUAUCCUCUUGACCCUCUUCUCCCCGGGCGGAGGGGCCGCACCUUCCCGCAAAACAGUGACAUAAAGACCUGUCAUACAGGGGAUAAGAAAGAAGGAAAAGAAAAAGGAUAGACCGUCUUGCUCAGAAGUUAUUUGUACAAAGGUGUUGCUUGAGAGUCGAGUGAGCAGUUCUUUGUAUUUUCUUUGAAGGAUCAAUAUUUCAAGAUGCAUGAAGCAGAAGGGUCUGACUGACAAGCUGCCUUGAUACACUGUUAUUCUAACUAUGACUGGAUUGACUGAAAGUUGCCUCAAAGAGUUUCUUGUCUAUAUUUACAUAACUAUUGCAAGCUACCUGGUCUGAUGAAGUUGAACUUCAUUCUUCAAGUGUGAUUUACUCAGUACAGCCUAAAAUCAUGAUGAAAAAGAAGAGCAUACCUGCAAGUAAACCUUUCUUGAUCCUCUUUCUGUGCCAAAUGAUUUCUGCAUUGGACGUACCUCUUGACUCAAAACUUCUAGAAGAAUUGUCACAACCUCCUACGAUAACUCAUCAAUCUCCAAAAGAUUACAUUGUUGACCCUCGAGAGAAUAUUGUAAUACAGUGUGAAGCCAAAGGAAAGCCACCUCCUAGCUUCUCCUGGACACGCAAUGGAACUCAUUUUGAUAUAGAUAAAGAUGCACAGGUAACAAUGAAACCAAAUUCAGGGACCCUUGUCAUAAAUAUUAUGAAUGGUGGGAAGGCAGAAGCAUAUGAAGGAGUAUACCAGUGUACAGCAAGGAAUGAACGAGGAGCAGCCAUUUCCAACAAUAUUGUUAUAAGGCCUUCUAGAUCGCCUUUGUGGACCAAAGAAAAACUAGAACCACAUCAGGUUCGCGAAGGUGAUUCACUAGUACUGCACUGCAGACCUCCUGUUGGCUUACCACCACCUAUAAUAUUUUGGAUGGAUAAUGCUUUCCAAAGGCUGCCUCAAAGUGAAAGAGUUUCACAAGGUCUAAAUGGAGAUCUUUAUUUUUCUAAUGUACAACCAGAAGACACCCGGGAGGACUAUAUCUGCUAUGCAAGAUUUAAUCAUACACAAACUAUACAGCAGAAACAACCCAUUUCUGUAAAAGUAUUUUCAUUGGAUUCAUUGAAUGACACUAUAGCUGCUAAUUUGAGUGACACUGAUAUUUAUGGUGCGAAGCCAGUUACAGAGAGGCAGCCAGUUCUUCUAACACCUACAGGUAGCACGAGUACCAAAGUGGAACUCAGAGGAAAUGUGCUUUUGUUGGAGUGCAUUGCAGCAGGAUUACCCACACCGGUAAUCCGCUGGAUUAAAGAGGGUGGGGAACUGCCAGCCAACAGAACAUUUUUUGAAAAUUUUAAGAAAACUCUAAAGAUUAUAGAUGUUUCUGAAGCUGACUCUGGGAACUACAAGUGUAUAGCAAGAAAUACACUGGGUUCAGUUCAUCAUGUCAUUUCAGUAACCGUGAAAGCUGCCCCAUACUGGAUAACAGCACCCAGAAACUUGGUCUUGUCUCCUGGAGAAGAUGGGACAUUGAUCUGCAGAGCUAAUGGCAACCCAAAGCCUAGUAUAAGCUGGUUAGCAAAUGGCGUUCCCAUAGCAAUUGCCCCAGAAGAUCCUAGCAGAAAGGUAGAUGGUGACACCAUUAUUUUCUCCCACGUGCAAGAAAGAUCAAGUGCUGUCUAUCAGUGCAAUGCUUCUAAUGAAUAUGGAUACUUGCUAGCAAAUGCAUUUGUGAAUGUUCUGGCUGAGCCACCAAGAAUUCUAACUCCUGCUAAUAAGCUGUAUCAAGUCAUCGCAGAUAGUCCUGCAUUGCUAGACUGUGCUUAUUUUGGGUCACCUAAGCCUGAAAUUGAAUGGUUUAAGGGAGUGAAAGGUAGCAUCUUGCGUGGAAAUGAAUACGUUUUCCAUGAUAAUGGAACCUUGGAAAUUCCGGUGGCUCAGAAAGAUAGUACUGGUACAUACACAUGUGUAGCAAGGAAUGAAUUAGGAAAGAUACAAAAUGAGGUGCACUUGGAAAUUAAAGAUCCAACAAUGAUAAUUAAACAGCCAGAAUACAAAGUGGUUCAGAGAUAUGGCCAAGUUUCAUUUGAGUGUAUAAUAAAACAUGAUUCUACCUUACUACCAACAGUUAUAUGGUUGAAGGACAAUGAUGAACUUCCAGAUGAUGAAAGGUUUCUAGUUGGUAAAGACAACUUGACCAUUAUGAAUGUAACUGAUAAAGAUGAUGGAACAUACACUUGCAUAGUUAAUACUACUCUGGACAGUGUUUCAGCAAGUGCUGUGCUUACUGUUGUUGCUGCUCCCCCAACUCCAGCUAUCAUUUACGCUCGGCCAAAUCCACCCUUUGACUUGGAAUUGACAGGUCAGCUAGAAAGAAGCAUUGAACUUUCAUGGAUACCAGGAGAUGAAAACAACAGUCCCAUUACACACUUUGUAAUUGAGUAUGAAGAUGGGCUGCAUGAACCAGGAGUAUGGCAUUACCAGACGGAAGUUCCUGGAACUCAGACAACAGUACAGUUGAAGUUGUCUCCGUACGUCAACUACUCAUUCCGUGUGGUAGCUGUCAAUAAGAUUGGCAGAAGUCAGCCCAGUGAACCAUCUGAGCAGUACCUGACAAAAUCUGCAAGCCCUGAUGAAAAUCCUGCUAAUGUGCAAGGGAUAGGCUCAGAACCUGAUAAUUUGGUAAUAACAUGGGAGUCUUUAAAAGGUUUUCAGUCUAAUGGACCGGGACUUCAGUACAAAGUCAGUUGGCGCCAGAAGGAUGUUGAUGAUGAAUGGACAUCUGUUAUAGUUGCAAAUGUAUCUAAAUAUAUUGUGUCUGGUACACCAACUUUUGUUCCCUAUGAAAUAAAAGUACAAGCUUUAAAUGACCUGGGAUAUGCACCAGAGCCAUCAGAGGUGAUUGGACAUUCAGGGGAAGACUUGCCGAUGGUUGCUCCAGGCAAUGUGCAGGUUCAUGUUAUUAACAGCACAUUAGCAAAGGUGCAUUGGGACCCAGUUCCACUAAAAACUGUCCGAGGACACCUCCAAGGGUACAAAGUUUACUACUGGAAAGUGCAGAGUCUAUCCAGAAGGAGUAGGCGGCAUGUAGAAAAAAAGAUCUUGACUUUCAGGGGAAACAAGACUUUUGGAAUGUUACCAGGGCUGGAGCCCUAUAGUUCUUACAAGCUGAACGUUAGAGUUGUUAAUGGUAAAGGAGAAGGACCAGCAAGCCCAGACAAAGUAUUUAAGACCCCUGAAGGAGUUCCUAGCUCGCCCUCCUAUUUGAAGAUUACUAACCCAACAUUGGACUCUCUGACUCUGGAGUGGGGUUCACCUACCCAUCCAAAUGGUGUUUUGACAUCAUAUAUACUGAAGUUUCAGCCAAUCAACAACACACAUGAAUUGGGUCCCUUGGUAGAGAUAAGAAUUCCUGCCAACGAGAGCAGCUUGAUAUUAAAAAAUUUAAAUUACAGCACACGGUACAAGUUUUACUUUAACGCACAAACUUCAGUUGGAUCAGGAAGUCAGAUAACUGAGGAAGCAGUAACAAUUAUGGAUGAAGGUAAGAUGGCUGGUAUUCUCCAUCCUGCUGUAGUUGCAGGCAAAGGAUACUCAGAAAUCCUUUUUGCAACCUCCCCAGUCAUGCACACUGUCCGUCCAACAUUCUAUAAGGUUCAACCACUUUAUCCAAGGAUCAGAAAUGUUACAACAGCUGCUGCUGAGACCUAUGCCAAUAUCAGUUGGGAGUAUGAGGGACCAGAUCAUGCGAACUUUUAUGUUGAAUAUGGUGUAGCAGGCAGCAAAGAAGAUUGGAAAAAGGAAAUUGUAAAUGGUUCUCGAAGCUUCUUUGUCUUAAAGGGUUUAACACCAGGAACAGCAUAUAAAGUCCGGGUUGGUGCUGAGGGCCUGUCUGGUUUUAGGAGUUCAGAGGAUGUGUUUGAGACAGGUCCAGCAAUGGCGAGCCGGCAGGUAGACAUCGCUACUCAAGGAUGGUUCAUUGGUCUUAUGUGUGCUGUUGCUCUUCUGAUCUUGAUUUUACUGAUUGUUUGCUUCAUAAGGAGGAAUAAGGGUGGCAAAUAUCCAGUGAAGGAAAAGGAGGAUGCACAUGCUGAUCCAGAAAUACAACCUAUGAAAGAAGAUGAUGGAACAUUUGGUGAAUACAGGUCUCUUGAAAGUGAUGCAGAGGACCAUAAACCUCUAAAAAAAGGAAGCCGGACACCUUCAGACAGAACUGUGAAAAAAGAAGACAGUGAUGAUAGUUUAGUUGACUAUGGAGAAGGUGUAAAUGGUCAGUUCAAUGAGGAUGGCUCCUUUAUUGGACAAUAUAGUGGGAAAAAAGAGAAAGAACCUGCAGAAGGAAAUGAAAGCUCUGAGGCUCCUUCUCCUGUAAAUGCCAUGAAUUCAUUUGUGUAACCACAGAACUCGAUCCCCUUGUAUGUUCAGUUUGUUUAAAGCACUUGCACAUCUUCCUUCUCAUACUAUGAACACGCAGGUAAUGGAGCUCCUCACCACCAGGUGUUAAUGCUAUGAGAAUAUGCAGGUCAAUACACAGCGUAAUGACACGGGAAAUGGUAUGUUAGUAUGAAUCAAAAUACAAAAUUCAAAUUUUGUUCAAAACUUGGGUAUUUUUACUUUUUUUCAAAGGAACUGACACAAACAAUAAUAUCAACUUGUAAUUUUGUUUCUUGUUGAAAAUACAGUAUAAUGCAUGGGAAAAGAAAAGCUACACAAUUCACAGGUAAUCUUGUCUACACUAUAAAAACAUGGUUUGACAAUUUGUUACGCAGUCCUCUGCUGAAUCCCUGGAUAUGAAUUUCAUUCCCAUUGUCAAAGUGUUAUAGUAGUAUUAUAUAGAACUUCAAUGUCUUUGUGGACAUUGUUGUGAAAUUGGUGACUUAAUGUCUAGCUAUCAUGUCUUUUUGCAAGACAGUUAGGAACAAUAUGUACAGUAUAUAAUCGCUAAAUGAUUUAAGUAUGACACUUGCAUUUGCUGAUGCUUAAUGAGACCCUAUUAUCUGCUCUUUGCUCCUAUUACUUUAUAGCCUUUUUAAUCUAUCAAGUAUUACAGCAGUACAGUGUUCUAUUUUUACAUCAAAACACGUUGAAUUGAUUUUAGGGCAUAAAAGAUACGCAUUGCAAUGCAUUUUGGAAUUUGUACAGUCACUGAAAGUAAAACUUCGAAAAUGAGAGAAAAUAUUCCAGAAGACACAGGGCAGAGUACAUUCAGUGCCUUUUUACAACAUGCAUUCCGUAAUGCGCUGCACUACUCAAUCAGUUGGUGCAGUAAACUGUGAUUAGCGGACUACUGUCAUUGCCAAAUAAAGGAAAAAUGUAAAAAAAAAUAACGUGUUAUGAAAUUGUUGUGCUAAAAAUGGAAAGUUUAAAAUAUUUUAAAUUACACAAAGAAGAGCAUGUGUUUUUUUCCCCUUUAAAAUAAAAUAAAUGCUUUCUACACAGUUACAGCACAACGUUUUCAUGGCCUUAGAAUAUUUACAACAAAAACAAAAACAACCAAAAAAACCACCCCAGAACACAAACAGAGUUAAAUUAUUUACUAACACAGCAAGGUAUAAGCUCUUGUAAAAUAAAUUGUUAAAAACCCAAGCCAGCUGACUGCACUGGCGAGAGCACAUUUCCCUCUGUGUCCCAGCCUGAGCAGUGUGGCAGCUUUGCAAUUAUCUACACCUUGAAGCAGUGUGGGGGUUACCGCUCGGAACCACGGGAUUCAAUCUGACAAGUGUGAAUAUGGUUUAUUUGUAAAGGAUUACCCUUAUUGGUUAAAAAAGUAUUUUAUCGCAUACUAUAUCAAUCAAAUGUUUACCUCCAAAUAUAAAUUUUUAUAACAACCUAUGGUUGAAGGAAUGCUCAGUUUCAUUUGCCAAUAAAUUGGUUUUUCAUAACUUGCAUCAAGUUUAAUUUUAAGUAAGCUUUUUAUAUGUAGAUAUUUUGUUGAAUUUGUAAAUACACUUAAAGCGUAGAUGCUAUAUGCUUCUAGGUGUUACAGACAAACAAACCAAGAAAGCUUAUGUUGUACUGUGUAAGAAGUACUAUAGCCAAUGGUGUGCAUGGUAUUUUAAAGCAUCUACUUUUUUUUUUUUUUUUGCUGUGAAAACAGAGUAGUGAACUGUUCUGCUCAUUUACUGCAGAUUCCUAAUUGAACCACUCAGAGCUUUUGCCAGUGCAUUACAUUAGCCCAUAAAACACCUCGCAGCUUUCAUGUAUAUACUGUAGGUAAAGCACAACUGAAGUAAUCCCAAAUGUAAGCCAGCUGUAAUAAGCUUCUUUCACACCUUUGAGUUUUCCAUUGAUCAGUUUUCUUAAUGGGAACCGAAAUAUGAAAUUAGUUAUAUGAACAUUAAUUACAAAGCACAAAGAGAACAUUUCUUAACAGGAUUUGCCAACGUUUUUGGUAAAAGAGAAAUAUAAUUUUGCUCUUAUUUAAUUGUAGAUGCUGAAUUAUCUGUGCAUGUGGGGGUAAACAUACAGGCUCACUUCUGUAAUAGUGCAACAGAUUUUGUAUUAAAAAUAAAUGUGAUUUUAAAAUUUCA